GUCAUGCAGACUUCACGUGACAUGGUGGCAUACAUUGAUCCGCACUGAACCGAGCUCUGUCUCUCCUUUUCAUCUUGUGUCGCACUUUCCUCUCGUCCUUCCCUCUCCUGUCUUCCUCAUUUCAUCUUUUCCUUCUCCGUGAAGAAGAGGCAGUCCGUCAAAAUGGUGUUGAUGACGGAAUACCAGUUCAAUAUAGAUAGCGGAUAUUUAGAAGGCCUCGUGCGAGGAUUCAAGAAUGGUAUCCUUACUCGAGCUGAUUACCUCAAUCUGGUGCAGUGCGAAACCCUGGAAGAUUUGAAGCUUCAUCUCCAGAGCACAGAUUAUGGGAACUUUCUGGCCAACGAACCGGGUUCAUUGGCUGUGGCCACGAUCGACGACAAGCUGAGAGAGAAAUUGGUGAUAGAAUUCCAACACAUGCGACAUAUGUCUUACGAGCCCCUGUCCACCUUCCUGGAUUUCAUCACCUACAGUUACAUGAUCGACAACAUCAUCCUCCUCAUCACCGGCACCCUUCAUCAGCGCCCCAUCUCGGAGCUCAUCCCGAAAUGCCACCCCCUGGGAAGCUUUGAGCAGAUGGAGGCUAUUCAUGUCGCUUCCACACCGGCCGAGCUCUACAAUGCAGUCCUGGUCGACACUCCCCUGGCCCCCUUCUUCGUCGACUGCAUCUCGGAGAAAGACCUGGACGAGAUGAACAUCGAGAUCAUCCGAAACACACUCUACAAGGCAUUUUUGGAGGCAUUCUACAAGUUCUGCGAGGACCUGGGGGGAGCGACGGCAGAUACCAUGUGCAAAAUUCUGGCCUUUGAAGCAGAUAGGAGAGCUUUCAUCAUCACCAUCAAUUCCUUCGGAACGGAGCUGACGAAGGACGACCGUGCCAAGCUGUACCCAAGGUGUGGUCUCCUCUAUCCAGACGGAUUGGCCAUGCUGGCUCGUGCCGAUGACUACGAACAGGUCAAGUCUGUGGCUGGCUAUUACUCUGAGUACUCGGUGCUCUUUGAGGGCGCAGGGAACAAUCCUGGAGAGAAGACACUGGAAGACAAGUUCUUCGAGCAUGAGGUCGAGCUCAACAUGCUUGCUUUCAUGCAGCAGUUCCACUAUGGAAUCUUCUAUUCCUAUCUCCGCCUGAAGGAGCAGGAGUGCCGCAACAUUGUCUGGAUUGCGGAAUGCGUCGCCCAGAAACACAAGGCCAAGAUUGAUAACUACAUUCCUAUCAUGUAAAGAUUUGGGCCAGGAGCCACACAUUGCUGCAUUCCAUUCAUGUGUAGUUUCAUGCAUCAUUCAUCAUUUUAAAUGAUAUCAAUGGUCUUUCUUUGGAAAUCAUGAGGAAGAAUACGUUCUUCUUGCUGUUGGUGGAGUUUGGCAUUCUGUGAGAGGUGGUAGUCCCAUCUAGUGUAAUUCCCAUCUCCCCCUCAUAUAUUUUAUUGAUUUUAUGCCCAACUCCCUGAUGUCGAUAUAUAUGUGAAUCCCUCAGAAGAUUCUAAAUAAAUGUACCACAUGCAGGUCCCCAUCACAUGGCUUGUGCAUUCUCCACCCAUUAGAUUGAGAGUUAUAAUUUGCCUUUAAUAUAUUUUGUUCAUGCCUAAGCUAUGGCAGUGGUUUUUUUAAGCUGGCUGAUACUGUGACUCGCACCUACAUUUGAAAUAUUUAAGUAGAGC